GUCACAGCUGCAUCCUUCUCAAACACACACAAACAUACAAACAGGACAUUAUUUGGGAAAUCCUAUUUCUCUAGACCAACCAAUCAGUGUUGAGAGAUCAGGAGUACAGUUCUUGAUUCUUACUCAAGAACAAAGCUUCUCAGGUUGAAGUCAAAAUGAAGAAGGUCUCACAGAGUAUUAUGUUUUGGUGCUUGCUGGCUGCCUUUGUGCCAUGUGUUUUAAGUGCAACAAUUCCGCCCAAUUCUGAUGGAGAAAAGAAAGUGAAUGCAGAAGUUCAGAAGAAGGAUCUCUGUGUGCAUAAUAGGAGUUCAGAAGAUUCAGCUGAGAGCAGGGAUACAGGGCCACCUAUAUCACAGAACAGUGAUCAGCCGAGUGGAAGGAUGAAACGGGGCUGUAACCUGCUCACCUGCUCAAUACAUGAUCUAGCCUACCGCAUCAAUCAUCUCAGUAACAAGACAAGUAACGCCCCCCCACGCAAGAUCAGUCCCUGUGGCUACGGCCGACGACGGAGGCGUUCCCUCCUCCGACGCUCCACCGCUCCAACCCACGGGGAGGGGGCCAAAUGAAUCAUUCCAUGCUGCAAGCAAAGCAUCGUGACUCAAAAACUGAUUUAAACAUCAAUCUGCGGCUUGUCCUGAGCCUUUUUCUUGUUUUGGCUCACUAUGCUGAAAUACUACUGACAGCUCCUUUGCAGGGACAAAAAUGGAGAACUACCAUGUCCAAGCAGCUGGAACUUUUUUCUACGUCCUUUACCAGAGAGACAGGACUAAAGAUAAGGAUUCAGGUCAUCUGGGAAGAAUGGGUGUUUGUGUAAAGUGGGUCAGGCAGUUCUGUUUUGUAAAAAAGAAAAGCAAGAGUUUAAGUGAGAUAACAAGGGUGUGAGUUUAUGGCAGCAAUAUGAAAGAUUGUGAAAACAGUUGUGUGUGCAUUUAGUUUGGGAUCUGACGGAGCUCUGGGACCUGACAAGGCUCUCUGUCUCUCCCUCAGCACAGGACAUGUCACUUCUUCAAACCUCUGGAGAAGCAAUGGGGUUAUCCAGGAAACUACCAGCACCUCUGUGUUUUCUAGCAAGGGGAAAGAGGACAGAGAAACUACCAGCUGAAGACUUUGACAAAUAAGGCUCCAUAAGGAAAAUGAACUGAAAGACGAGGUCUCUGUAAAUGCUGGAUGUGAAAGGCUUGGAUUUGGACUUCUCACCUGCUUACAUACUUGAAGCUCAAUAUUUGUAUAGUGGGGGAAUGUGCAAUAAUUGUAGCAGUAUGUACUCCAUCAAUAAGGGCUUAAAAAAGUUACAGAUAUUAUGAAAAAUAUUCUAUAUUACGGAUUCAUAUUUUUUUUACAUUCAGUAAUAAUAUACUUAUAACCUCAGAGAUUAACUAUUUUUAUACAUGAACUAAUAUUGGCACUGUAUACUGAAAUGAAAUGAAAUUUAACCAUUACUUUUAUACUGAUUUAUUGAGAAACAUAUCUAUGUCUAUGUCAAAUCAUUGUCAAUGCUAAGUGAAAAUCAGAUGGUAUAAGCAACUAUUAAACACUUGUGAGGAAAAAGAAUGAAA